UUUCAGAUUUCAUCGUGGGACUUAUUCCUAUAUUUCAUUCUAUUAACUCCACAAUUUUUUUACGAUUACAAUCAGUUUUUGUCAUGAAUUUGGAUUAAAUUUGGAACAAAGAAGCUCAGAAUGAAUCCAUGUGUACUAACUCUAUUAUAUAGUAUUGCGGUGAUUUCCGCAGUACAUCACUCAAUGACACCACUAGAGUUGAAGCACUUUUUCGGAACAGAAAACAAAGACAAAGUUCCUGUAUACUUUUUGGACGACAACAAAAAACACAGACGGCAUGUUGAUGAUGGAUUCAAAAUGGAUUUCCUUAUCGAUGGAGUCAUGGAGACGUUCGUGUUGCGCAAUAAACCGCAUCUGUUCUCUGAAGGUUAUCAUAUAAUGGAAAACGACGUUGAAUUAAUGAUGCAUCCACUAAAAGAUUGUGUUUACGAAGGUGAAAGUGCCGUUCGGAACGGCACGCGAAUCGGUCUCGUCGGCUGCGGAAACAAAAUGAAUGGUAUGGUUGUUGCUGACAACGGGGAUUAUCACUUGAUCCAAUCCCAUCACCAAACUGGCCAUCAUGUUAUUCACAAACGGAGUAUUGAGUCCAUCGAUCAUGAAUGCCAAUUUGAUGCCAAUGAAGAUCCGUAUCCAGAAGAUCGAGAGGAAAUCGCGAUGAAGAGUAUGUUGAUACGAAUGGUGAAAGAUAUUAGAAGGGCCGAACCACAUCGAAGAGAUAUCCUCACCGUAGAGUUGGCUGUAUUUGCGGAUGAUGCAAUGUGGGAUCAUUUUAAGAAAAUGUACGGGAAAGCUGCAGAGGAGAAUAUGCACACUUUCAUCAUGGCAGUUGUGAAUAAUAUUGAUGUUCUCUACACCCAAAGACUUCUUCAACCCAGAAUCAACAUCAAAAUUGUCAGAUAUGAAAUCCUGAAAAAUAUUCCACAUUUAAUGAAUGCAAGAAAACACUCAAAUGGAGACGUCGAUAGACUUCUCGACGCAUUUUGCCAGUACCAAAACGAAAUAAACCCCCCGAAUGAUGCAGACCCCAGGCAUUGGGACCAUGCUCUUCUAUUCUCUGGAUACGAUCUCCAUCGAAACGGAGUAAAAACAGUUGCCGGUUACGCCCCGGUUAAAGGGAUGUGUAGUGGUGUUCGAUCGUGUACAAUCAAUGAAGGCCUCGACUUUGGCAGUGUUUUUGUGGUCACUCACGAGAUGGGUCAUAGUUUGGGAAUGUAUCAUGAUGGGGACAACGAAUGUGAUCUGAGGUGUUGCAUAAUGAGCCCGUCGGUGGGAAGUGGAAAGACUCACUGGAGCCAAUGUUCUGUGAAUGAAAUGGCAACUUUUGUUGGGCACUUGGGAGAUGAUUUCCGCCCUCCGAACUGCUUACAAGAUGCGUCGGCUAAUGAACAACGCAUGGUUGCAUUUAAAGAAUCCGAGCCACCUGGGCAGUUGUUUACACUUGACGAACAGUGUGAGAUAUUUCACGGUGAAUGUUGGAAGCAUGAAUUGAAAGAUGGACAGACAAUGCAGAACAUCUGUCAAAUGGUGUGGUGUGGCAACGGAGAAGGUGUUAUUCGAACGGCGCAUCCAGCCUUAGAGGGAACGUACUGUGGAUUCGGAAUGAUAUGUCGUCAAGGACAAUGCGUUGGAUCGAGUCAAUUGAUGAGGGUUACUGUAGGUGGUUGGUCCACGUGGAACGAUCGACCCGCACCAACUUGCGGUGGAAGGUGUUCGCAGUGUGAGAUUCGAGGACAAAUUCGAAUUAUGCGAAGUAUCAGACAGUGUAAUAAUCCAAGUUCCAACAAUGGAGGCGCACCAUGUCAAGGUGAUGAGGCGCGUGGAAUGGUUUGUCAUAGAGAUGUAUGUAACGGUGACUCCAUAGAAAAUUAUGCAACUCGAGUUUGCUCUCGUCUUCGCGAUGAAAACGCUAUUCCAAACACAAUAUUGUCUGGUGAAGGCAUGCAAUUUGAACAGGCAAUGUGUAAAAUUUGGUGUCUAAUUUCGGGAUCAACGAACAUCCGAACAGUUUCCAAUUUUCCCGACGGAGCUCCGUGCGGGCCUGGGCAAUAUUGCAUAAAAGGAGAAUGCCGGCCCCUUCUCUGUGGUUCGACAACACUUGCAUAUUCUGAAGCUGAUUGUCCUCUCAGUGUUCUACAGACAACAACUACGCCACCAAUGCCACAUGUUCAUUCUGUGGAUCAAUUUGCAGGAAAAACCAAUCCAUACAAAGAACACAAGAAAACCCCCUUCCUCAACGAGUGGUCCGGAUGGUCUGUUUGGUCAGAGUGCGUCACUUAUGAUUGCCACACACAAGGAGUCAAAGUUCGAGUUCGACGUUGCUUGGCGGGAGUAUGUGCUGGAGCUCUGCGUGAACGCCAGCCAUGCACACGACCAUGUACUGGAUCUGAAAGACCAUUAACUACGUCACCGCCGCAGCAGACGUUCAGAAAUAGAUUCAUUGCUCCACUUCCUAACAGGCAAACCAACAUGAUUUUACGGAAAGUUGAUCACUGGGGACCAUGGUCAGCUUGCAGUGUAACUUGUGGAACCGGGCAAAAGCUCAGAAGACGAGAAAACUGCAUCGGGCAAGAAUGUGCCGAAACCGGACCAUGUGUAAUGCAAUCGUGUAGAGAAAACAAAAAUACUUGGACAGAAUGGUCGCAAUGGUCAGAUUGCUCUGUAAACUGCGGAGAAGGAGUGCAAUUCAGGAAGCGAGCAUGUUUUGCAGCCUUUUGCCGUGGAAAAGACAGCGAUGUUAGAAAUUGUUAUGGGCAGAGAUGCUCCGAAACCACAACACGUAGACCACUUGUAAAUAGAUCUGGUCUUUGGACGGGAUGGUCGUCCUGGUCCUCUUGCAGCACAAAGUGUGGUAUUGGACAACGAACAAGGAGGAGAAGGUGUUAUCAAGGAUCUUGCUUGGGUGACGAUAAUGAGAAAGAAAGAUGCAUUGGUUCUCAGUGCUGAUGCACAUCACAACGUGUCCAAAGAAACACACACAGAGAGCCAUCAGUUUUUCAAUCGAAACCACAUGCUGUCUCAGUAGAACGAACGAGAAGAAGAGAUUUGAAAUUUAAAAUUCAAAAUUAGUAGCAGACUUUAUAGAUGUAAUGCUCUUUUUUUUCUCGUUCCCUGUGUACUUUCAACGCUUUUAUAAUUGUUUUAAACUAGACAUUCUCAGCGGGUCUCUCUUUUUUGUUUAUACAAGAUGUCAUCGUACAUCUAUUGCAUAUUACACUAAUAAAACAUUCAAGUUUUU